AGAGAAGAGGCACUCCACUAUGCUGAGGCCAAAGGACCUGUGCCAGGGCUCUGGCACCAAAACCUUCUUGGAGGCCAUGAAUAGUGGAAAGGUGCACCUGGCCCGCUUUGUGCUUGAUGCACUGGACUGCCGCAUCAUCAACUCAAAGAACGAGAGCAGCCGCACACCACUUAUGUGUGCCGUGUGCCUGCAGGAGCACAGCACCAGGUCCAAGUUUACACAGCUGCUCCUGGAGAAAGGUGCCGACGUGAACACCAAGGACGAGAACGGUCGCACCGCCCUCAGUUUGGCCUGUGAACUUGGCCACCUAGAUGCUGUCAAGCUCCUGGUGCAGUUCAACGCCAACCCUGAGCUCACUGACACCUGGGGCAAUAGCGCCCUGAUGUACGCUGCCUAUGGAGGACACAGCCAGAUCCUGGAUUUUCUCAUUCGGGCUUUCAAGAGGCUUGGAUUAAGACUUGACCACUCUAAUCAUGCCGGCCACACUGCCAUCCAGGUAGCUGAAAAUUUGGGACAUGCCAAUUGCGUUCAGGUGCUCAGCAUUGCAGUGAAGAAGGCAGUAAGCAUCGAGCAAACUCAAGAAAUCAGAAGUGGAUCGCAUGCAGUUCCCUGGCCUAAUCGACUCCCGAAGCAAAUUCUGGAAAAAUUCUCAAAGCCGGGUCACAGCAAGAACGAAGAGACACUGCCAUCUUUGUUUCACAGGCAGAUGCUGAUCAGUGACGGCAAAGACCUAAAGAGACGAUUCAGUCAGCAGCAGUCCCCUGAAAGAACCAACUCAAGCGGUUACCAAAGUUUAACCAGGUUUCCAGAGAGGCGUUUCACUGAGAAGGAGCAACAUGUCCUGUUCAGCUCGAAACAGUUUCAGUACUCUAGAGAAGCCGGCUUUGUGAGAAAAAACACCUUGGUCUCAGAGCGCUGCCAGAAAGUGGACCACCAUGAGACGAGAGAAAAUCCGCCCCAGUGGGGAAAAGAAGCAAAGUCAUUCAACCUGGACCUCAAGACGGGACGAAAACAGUCGUACCAGGGCGAGACGCGUGACGUCACGCAGCCUGUCAGCCAAUUAAAAAGAGCUUCUCUUCCAGACGCGAGACCUCUCGUGCCGAAAUUCUACUGCCAUGGCAACACUUCCGCGAAGAAGAGCGACGUGGACAGAGCGGGGUUCCAACAAAUGAACGGAGUCUCUCGGGUUACUGCUGAACAACGGAACAGCGACUACUCUGAAAAGAAGAAAAGCUCGCUGAAGCGCGGGGGCGUUGUCAAAAACGAAAGAGCGAAUAAACUGCUCUUCAGUCGGGACGAGGCGCCUCGGGAAAGAAUCAAAAUCCGGCCGCCGGGCUUCGGGACCAGGUUACUGCGGCGCUUCACAGCUCCUGAGUUCAUGGGACUGGUUAGAGAUGCUCAGUCCGGCGCGACGUCAAACAAAGGCAAGAUUGCUCGAUCAGAGACAUUUCCCCUUUCAUACACACAUAAAUUGGUAAAUAGUCAGCCCAGCGUUGAUAGCAUCAGCGGCGUCAGGUGCGAAUUUGAAGGCAGUCCUCCAGUCAGCAGAGCUUAAUCUAUAUUUAUUAUUUGCAUCAUCAUUACCAUUAUUAUGAUUCUCGGAGUUGGGAAUCAAUGGAGUCGAUUCCUUACAAUCAUUCUCUCGAUCCAGAAACUAAACCACAGGAAACGCAGAUAUUGUGGAAAAAUAAAUGUGGGUUCAAUAUUAAUUAAAUGCUUUUAACAAGAAACCGAAUCAACUGUUCUGUUUUGUCUUUUCACUUUACGCGAACAUGAGCCGAAUCAGUUUCUUUGUACGGACUUGACUCCUAAGUUUCGGAGUCGACUCUCAGUUCCCAGCGCCUGGCAUCGUAGAGUCGACUCUCAGGGCUAGAUUUACUUCUCCAAAGGCAUUAGUUACUGUCAUUUUGGAACACAGGGCAGGGAUUUCACUUGUCUCAAGCUGCUUUGUCAAACACCACCAUGAACAACACUAGAUUAAAUUGUAGUUGCAGAGUAAAGCAACUUGCUGUUAUUUUGUUGUUGCUGUAGUUGUUGGUUUUCUGAUAAAGGCAGUUUGGAUCAUCACUAGUUUCUUUUCUCCCAGAACUAUUACAGCCUUGGUGAAACUUUCCUCCCAGACACGCCACUGUAAAUAAACAGACAAUGAUUAAAAUUCAUUUCUAAAGCAAGUAAAUGUGCUAUAUAAUACUUAAAUGCACUGUCUUUGAUUAUGUACACGUGUUAUUUGCACUUCAGGAGUCAGGCGGGGGCACAGGUUUUUGUAAAAUUGUCAUAUUGCUCUUCAUAAUUAGUCAGUUUAAAAUAUUCCUCUGUAUAUUCUCUACUAUACAUCCACAAGCUUUAGACAGUUGAACACAUGUAACGAAAUCUGUUGAUACUCAUGUCUCAGACAGGUUUGUAUAUAUAAUGUAUGUAUACUAUAAAAGUACAGUAUAUAUUCAAUUUGUGUACAGAUGAGAGAAAUAUUCUAUGUGAAAUGAAAUCCCAAUUUACAUUUAUCUGGAACAAACGUUUGCACCAUAGCUGUGGUCUGGUGUAAUUUUACCUAUUUCACUAUGCAUAUUGUGAAUGUCAAUCAUUUAUAUUCU